GGGAAGGAAACAGGCCACCUGUUCAUCUGUCAGCGAGUCGGUCGCUGAGCAACUGAUUUCAUCCGUGAGUCGCCGGAAGAUGGGCAAUAGCCACACUGCGGACAGAUCUGGCGCCACCAUCAAUGACGAGUCACUUGAUUUCCUCCACAAAGCCGACAGGGACGCCCUCCACACGUAUGUAUGCGAAGCACAAGCACCCGGCGAUAAAAGAGCUCCAUGAGCGCACUUGGGUCUGUGUAUGCUGUGUGUGUGUGCAGCCGGUUUGAGGUCGGCAGCCUCAGAGCUACGGCGCAUUUCCUCUGGGAAGUCGACUUCUCGCCAUAUGUCCUCCGCACCCGACUCAAUCGCUGCCUCGUGGCCAAGGGAUUGCAGGCCAUCAUCGCAUUUGACGCUCAGCUGGAGAGUCCUCUGCUGCUGAAGGCCAUCUGGCUGGUGGACACGCAGCAGUGGACCGAGGUGGUCAACGCGCUGAAGUUGGCGGCGCAGCUCGGCUUCUGCACUCUGCCGGUCACCAUCAGUUUGCAAGACAUCCAAAGGCACACGACCAAACAGGUGGCCGGGACGGAGGGCAGAGGCCAGGAGGGAUGGCUCGAUAGCUGUGUGGUGUGUCUGUUGCUGCAGGCGUAUUUGGCCGAGCCGCGUGUUUUGGCGCUGUGGAAGAUGAUCGGUCGACACGUCGUCUUCGGCGGCAACUACGGCCGUUUUGAGCUGUUCGACCAGCAGGGCGGCGUGCGCGCCCUGCGUGACGAGCCGGGCUACGAGCUGUCCAUCAAUCCCCCCCUCCCCGCCACCCACCCAUUCCACCCUCACACCAUCAACGACAACCCGCCCGUCAGUUCCUUAAUCCACCUGAAGGGGGGCAGCUGGACGUCACUACCGGACUUGGCCACUUUUGCCUCGGCGUCGGCGUUCAUCAUGCGCAUCAUCAUCGCGAUGGCCCUUCCAGUGGAGAAUUGGGGCAAAACUCCUUGGGUUCACGGGAACCGGUACACAUGACACACCACACUCAGACACACAGAUCCAUUUAUGACGGCCUCUCCUCUUUGUGUUUGUUUCUUCAGGCAUGCUCACGGCGGUGUGCUGGACGGCCCCCUCAACCACUCGCCCCACCAGCCGCCCGACGGAUGCACAGCCGUCGUGGCGUUCAGGAUGGACGAUAUGAAUCCCCCUCUAGAGGGUCGCCUUCUGCUGCUGACCUCGUUCGACAUGCCAUUCGUCGCAUGGGUCGUUCUCGUCAGCCGUGCUGACACGAACAUAGGUGAGACAGAGAUGGCAGGUCCUCUGUGCUGAUGAUUGAGCCAUUGUUUGACGUGUGGUGUUUCGCUGCAUACAGUGGGUGUUUGUGUUUCCACCACUGAGCCGCCAGUGAGUGGUGCAUCGGAUACCUUCAAGGACCGCCGGCCGACUGCCGCCCCUCUGGUGCGCGGCCUGCUGAGCAACACCAUCGCAGACAUGAUGAUCUGCCAGAAAGAGAAAACUAAAGCAGUGAAGGUGGGUGCCUGUCAGAGUGGGGUGCAAUGCGUGGUCCCUCAUCCAUCUCUCGGGUUUGGGUGUGUAUAUUGUGUUGUGUGCAGCCUGCAGGCGGACGAGGCGAGCUCUCGUGACGUGUGUGUAGUGUCCCCUUAGUUGGACCGGAUGAGCGUGAGAGGGGCUGUGGCUGGUGCGUCACCGAGUCUAUGGAUGGAUGGAUGGAUGUCGGUGGACGCCUCAUGUGUGUGUACAGAUCAACCAUUGCAUGCAUGUUUGAUACACUCUACACCGUCCACAAACCAAUGAGUCGAGGGGUGGAUAGUUGGAUGGCUGCACAUGGGUUGAUGGCCAG